CUAUGGACUUUCUCACCCACAGCAGAACUGCAAGUCCGCACCGAACACCCGCCUUAUCACGCAAUCAUGCCCUUAUAUUCUUCGCCGCACUGAUCCCGCCUCCAUUCCACUAAACAAUGGCAGCCAGCCACAACAGUCCUAUCAACUUUCCACAACAUAGAUCACUCAAACGGGCGGCCCUUCUUGCCCUCCUCCUCUAUAUGGCUUCCCUACCUGCUGCCACCGCUCAGCCGCCACCGCUACCGAGACUGGUGACCAAUAAUGGAGCCCCAUACAACGCGACCGUCAGCCCAACGCUGUCCAUCAUCAUCAUAGCCUUCAUCGGCGCUUUAUGCGUGCUGAUCUUCUUCUUCAUCUACAUACGCUUCUGUAUUGGCGGCCAUAGAUCCCUCGUGACUCCGGCGGCGAUCGCCCUACCCCAGCACAGGGGGCAGAUCAGAGGCUUGGAUUCAGCUCUGCUGGAGACAUUUCCGACGAUGGUGUACUCGGAUGUGAAGGGGCGUAAACUAGGUAAAGAAUCGCUAGAGUGCGCGGUCUGCCUCUGCGAAUUCGAGGACGACGAUCUCCUCCGCUUACUUCCAAUAUGCAGCCAUGUGUUCCACCGCAACUGCAUCGAUGUCUGGCUUGAUUCACACGUCACCUGCCCCGUCUGCCGCAGCAAUCUCGCUGCUAAUCCGUUUCCGGAGACCGAUCAUGCCACCAUUGCCGUUGAUCAGGAGGUGGAUUUGACGGAUCUGGUUCGAAUCGGGAGCCAGAGGAGGUUGAGAUCAGGGUCUGUGAGAGGGGUUCCUAUGGGUUCGGUAUCGAGAGCGGAUUGGGAGGCAGUGGUUGCUGGUGGGGACGGAAGAUUCAGGCUGCAGCUGCCCGAAGAUGUGAGGAUGGAGAUAUUGGAAGCAGGGCUGCUCCGACGAUCGGCGAGUUUGGGGUUUUUUGCGGCGAGAAGGGAGGGGAGUUCGAGGAGAGGGUAUAGGGAUGGUCGAGUCGGCGUUUGGAGGAGUCUCCGGUUAGCGCAGUCGGCGCGGUGGCCUAUUUUUGGGAGGAACUCGUCGGCGAGGGGAAGAGAAGUGGUGGUUGAGGCCGGAUUCGUGCCGGGAGACUGGAAAGGAGGUCGGCUUGCUUCAAUUAAAAGAUCUUUUGGCAUGAUUAAUGGAGGAGGCAAUGGCGGCAAAAGAGGCGGAGAUGUUGGCAUUGGCGACACCGGCGGAAGCAGAGUGAAGCCGAGCGACGAAGAUGCUUCCACGGCGGCAUACCCUCAGGUAUGAAAGCUUGAUGUUGGAAAGUUGAAAGUUGAAAUUUUACUUGACAGCGUUAUUAGAUAAGCGGCGAGGUAACGGCGUCGUUAGUGUUGCAUGGGCGCAAGUAGUUCGCAACUUUGACGGGGGUGAUGGGAAUACGGUAAGGUAUAUGAUUCCGAGGGACAUCUUAACGGUGUGGAUAAUACUGGUAUAUAUCCCGAACUAUACGGUGAAUUGUCUUACUUCUGAAUAUAUUUGUACUAUAAAUUUUGUUUAUAUGUAUUGCUACGAAGUAUGAAAGUUAUAAGUAGUAGUAUAAAUGCAUUUAAAACUUUUGAACCA